UUUUCCCCUCCUUCACUCGCGGUGCCCAGUUGAGCCAAGCGUGGACGCACAGCAGCCCGAGUCGAGGGCACACGUGAGCUCGCUUGAUAUCCGCUGCUGGAUCCCAUACUUACGAUCGGGUGGAAAAGAGAAGAGAGCGAGGCUACAGAUCUCGCAGGUGCAGAGAUGUCGGAAUCGAAGAGACGCGUUUCGUAUUACUACGAUCCCGACGUAGGCGGCUACACGUAUGGGCAGACGCACCCGAUGAAGCCGCAUCGCGUACGGGUUACACAUGAGCUGGUGGGGGCUUAUGGCAUGCUCGAAGCACCGGGCAUGACUGUCCUGCGCGCACCCCGCGCGACGCCUGAGGAGCUGACGGCCUUCCACACCGACGACUACAUCGACUUUCUGGCGCGCGUGACACCCGAGACGUCGGACCAGCUGACGCAUCAGGGGCAGGUGUUUCUCGUCGGCGACGUGCCGGACAACCCGGCGUUCGAGGGCGUGUUCGAGUACUGCACGAUCUCCGCGGGGGGCUCGCUGGCCGCGGCGCGGCGCCUGACGUCGGGCGCGGCGGACAUCGCGAUCAACUGGGCGGGCGGGCUGCACCACGCGAAGCGCGGGCAGGCGGCGGGCUUCUGCUACAUCAACGACAUCGUGCUGUGCAUCCUCGAGCUGCUGCGCGCGCACCCGCGCGUGCUGUACAUCGACAUCGACAUCCACCACGGCGACGGCGUCGAGGAGGCGUUCUACACGACCGACCGCGUCAUGACGUGCAGCUUCCACAAGUUCGGCGACUUCUUCCCUGGCACGGGCACGCAGGCGGACCGCGGGCGCGGGCGGGGGCGCGGGUUCGCGGUGAACGUGCCGCUCGACGACGGCAUCACGGACGAGGCGUACGCGUCGGUCUUCGAGCCCGUCAUCGGGCGCAUCAUGGAGGUGUUCCGCCCCGGCGCGGUCGUCCUGCAGUGCGGCGCGGACUCGCUCGCGGGCGACAAGCUCGGCGGGUUCAACCUCAGCCUCUCGGGUCACGCCGCGUGCGUGCAGUUCCUGCGCAAGCAGCACGUGCCGCUCAUCCUGCUCGGCGGCGGCGGGUACACCGUGAAGAACGUCGCGCGCGCGUGGACGUACGAGACGGCCUGUGCGCUCGGCGUGGAGGACACCGUCCCCGUCGACCUGCCUUACACGGAGCACUUUGAGUGGUUCGGCCCGCGCUACCGGCUCGAGGUGAUGCCGUCGAAUAUGGUGGAUGCGAAUCUGCGCGAGGGCAAGCUCGCCAGGGUCCGGGAGCGCGCGCUGGCGCAGCUGGCGGAGUUGGCCACGCGCUGUGCGCCGAGUGUGCCCAUGGCUGACAUCCCGCACGAGAGCCUGGGUGUGCACCUGGGCUUGUUUGCCGAUGAGGAACAUGGGAUGGAUGCGUUAGAUGAGCGGGUUGCGCAACACGCGCGAUAUGUGUAUGACCUGCAGGAACCGUCGUCGGACGAGGAUGAGGACGAGGAUGAGGACGAGUACCCAGAACCGCGCAGACAGAUGAGUAUACUCACCAACCGCCCGAUACCGGAGAAGAGGACAUUCUUCCCGCCGCCCAGACCAGUGGAGAUGGCGCCUUGGGAUCCGCGUCGUAUCCUCCAGAUGAAGUCUAUAGUAUAAACGUCUCUUGAUCUUUCUUGUAUGGCUAUGAAGGGCCCACUAAACCAGUUUCAAACUGUCCUAACAUCCAAAAGAAACGCGGAGUGAUUUGUUCGCUCCUUACCUUGACGACGAGUUUCUCACGAGAUCGGCGAAGGGGAUAGAGAUAUCCGGGUCUGAAAGACAGGAACCAUAUCUGCGUCCAUCCCUGCUGGGAUCGCACAGCUGCGGAUGGCUUUUCCGCGAGACGAGUACCGCACCCGCGUCGGGCCGGCUCGUUGCCCAGUCCCUGAUGAGCACGGGUGCACAUGCUAAAGCAGCCGCCGCGCCAGCUGCUAGAGCGACGUCAUCGCGCCUGGCACGGUCGACUGGCAACGCCCGGAGACGCGGAGGUACCGCCGAACGGACCCACGGCGUGCCGUGCGAAGGGGGACUCGCGGCGCGAGCACGGGCAGGACUUAUAGCCCGGCGUCGCGUCCUCCCAGAGCCGUCUCUCAUCUGCUGUCCCUACCCGCCCUACUCAUUUGCCUCGCCACCCUGCGAGUCCUUGACGGGCGCACAAUAUGCAAAGUGAACCCCUCCUCAAGCAGGUCUCGAGUCCGGCGGGUACGCUGUGGGUGACGUGCGUCGCUAGCAUUCGGGAUCGGUCGAGCCUGUUCUGAGCCGCUGCAGAUACAUGCUCUCCCUGGCCACGCACUUCGUUGGCGUCUACCGUACGUGGUCACAGAGGUCUGUAUUGAUU